CUCGAGACAGACGAGAUGAAUGCUUUCGCUGGAGAUGAGCCAACAAUCACUGUUCCCGCGGUACUCAUGGAAUUUUUCUCCGCCAAUGAGCCCACGCCUCAGACAAGCCAGAGUCAAGCUGCCGCUUAUAAAGCCCUCAUCGCAGACGGAGGCCGGCCCUCUCAUCCGCUGGGUCUCCUCGAGCGCACCACCUCCUCGCCCAACCGGUAUCGCGACAUCUUGACCUUUUGGCAAGACCAGCCAGAAGAGUCGCAGGUGUUUCACAAGCAGCUCUCUAGAUGGCAGGAAUUCCGCACCCACCAGAGAGCAUUUCGGUCUCUUGGUCAUUUUAACCAAUACGUCCUUGACCUCCGGGAACGGCUUGAUCGUCACGGCUUCGAACUUCCCAACGGUUAUCGCAUUGCACCACAUGGGCUCUGCUUCGAUGUUCAGAAGCAGAGCAAGGUGGCCACCUGGAUUGAGUACAUCAAUUACGAAUUCAGCAGGCGUGAAGAGUACGAGAAGUGGCUCGAGAUCCGUCGGCCAGACUAUGACGCAGCUCUGGCCCAACUCGUGGGUGCACAAGUCCUGAAGCCAUCUGAACAGCUUCAGACGCCCACGAGCGACAUCUGCCACUCCUCUAGCCUCGAAGUCACCAGGGGAGAGGAAGAGCGUCAAAGGGCCAGCGAGGACCGCGAAGAUGCUGAAAAUCGACUGGAGUGCAUUGAUCCCCUCGGACAGACGCAGACGCCCCAGCAGAUGGACGAAGAGGCCAUGCUGGGGUCCAAAGCCAUCAAUGACCGGGAUACCAUCAUGUUCGAACUGAGACGGAAAACCCAUGCCUACCGCUUUGCCAUGGACAGGACCCAACGCCACGGGCUGCUCCUCCGAUGGGCCAUGGAUCAGAUGCCUCUGAUUGAGGAAGAAGUCAGACAGAUGGAGCGACGAGACGCAGCUUUUCGGGCGAUAAGCAGUCAUCAGCGCCAGAAGCAGCAAGCCGAAACAUUUCCGCAGUUCCAAAGACUACCGCCCGAGAUUCGGCAGCGUAUCUGGGAGGAAAUGCUACCAAAAAGCCCAAGCGUGCACUUCUUUGACGUGCUGUACUGCGAGAGCCAAGAGCAGAUAGCCACGUCCUGGUCCGGCGACGAUUUCCGCGUGUGCGCCACCAGAAAGCGUGACUCGGGGUACCUGUCGGUGUACUCGCUCUUAGCAACCUGUCGGGAGUCGCGCAGCAUCGUCGAGAGGUACUACAUCCGUCGCCGGCGUGGCGUGAGAUGUCCGCUGUCAGGAGACGCCAUCAAUUUCUCCGACAGACCGCCCGACUUUCGAACGUUUGACUGGAUCCCUUCCAAUGACCUACUCGUCAUGUGCUUCCCGCCCGUUGCAGUCGCCCAGCUGCCGACCCAGAAUGCCUUCACGCUGACUCCUGGACCAAACCAAGCUGCGAGGCGCCUUGGUGUGAUGAUUCCAAAAGCACUCAUGUCUAGGUCGUCCCUCGAUCCCCUGGACGAUAUCGAGAUCGACGACAGCGCCGCGGAACUCGCCCUACUUCCAGAGUUCAUUGACCACCUUCACGGCCCGAUUCUAGGCCCCCAGAUGGACGCCGCCACACGCGGAAUCUGGAAGCUCUAUCUCAUGGUCGAGGGCUGGUCCACGAACCACAUCCAGAUGCAGCUGACGGCCAAGGUCAACAGCAAGAAGCCAGUGGCCGACUGGGCAGAUGACACCAUCUACUGGCGCUCUCCAACAGCUGAAAGGGGUGAAGGAAUGCUGUCGUGGAGAACCAUAAGCGAACCACUUCCAGUACCCGAGCUUCCUCUCGGCGGCUUUUAUAACAUGGUGCAACAUGAUCCCGUUUUCUUCGACACCCACUUCAAUUUGAACAGCCAGAUGAUGAUCCAACAACCCUCACCAGAGUACGGCGGCGCCCGCCAGCUCUACUGGCUCGGCUCACGUCGUCCCGCCCUCGGCACCCUCCAUCCCGAUGACUUUGUCGACGAACGCUCUGGGCAGAAGCUCCACGACUUCAUGCAGGUCCUCGACGUGCAAUGCCGCGCGCAGGAGUGGCACCACAACUUUGGGGGCAUCGAGGCGCUUGGCUGGCUGGAGCCCGCGAGCAGGAGGAGCCUCAGUGCGGCAGAGGUGCGGGAGAUGAGGCGGACGAGCAAGACGGGAAAACGAUCGCGAGCCCUUCGGAGAGUGAAGAGGGAACAAUGGGAUGACUAGGAAGAUGUCUUGAUGAAUUUGACAAUGCAAAAGUCCUUUAUGUGAU